GACGGAUCCGCGGCGGCGCGCACUGAGCCUGAGCAUCUGAACACCUUGGAUUGAUCCGACGCGCAAGAACGCACCGGCACACACGCGAGCACGCCCUCAAGAUCUACCUGAAACCUCCACGCCAGUUAAUUGUCAUUGUUGAAGGGCGAAAAAAGGGAGAUUGAACCCCGAUUUUAUUCGCAGCCUAGCCGUGUUCCCAUGAUGUCAUACCUGUGGAUUCUGCUAUUAGGAAGCCUGCUGGCUACGCACGCCAAGGCACAAGAUGAUAUAAUCCCAACAGUAGAGCCAUCUAUUGAAACUCCCACAUCUAAAGCAGAUGUAGAGGUCAUCGACCAACAUAACCUUGAGGAGGCAGUCACUGCAACUGAGGAAGUAUUGCAGCCUGAGCCCACUGCUGACCCUGAGACUGAAUUAAUCCAAGAAGCAAAUGCUGCAGAUGUAAGCACAGAGCCAGUGGCUACAGAUGCUCCUGCAGGUGAGGAGGGGGAAUCAGCAAGUCCUACGACUGGAGAAACAGAACCAGUUAUUUCUGAAGCACCUACAACCACACAAGCUGCUGAUUCUGAGGAUGACGCUCCAGAAACUACGCAAACAGCAGUUAAUGAGGAGGAGCAACCCACCACAAAUGCGAAUACAACACCUGCUCAAGACAAGAGUGGACUUCAUGACAUCAUAACAACAGUAGGUCUAGAAGCCAAUGAGGAGGCACCAACUGAUCCAUCUGCUAAUGAAGAGUCAUCCACAGAUGAUUUUACAACAUUCGCAGAUGAAACUGUCACUAUGAAUCCAGGGUUUAACAUUGAGAAGACGUCAAUUGCAGAGCAGGAAACACAUGGGUCAAACCAGGACACUCCCGUGAAGAGCAGGAUGGGACCACAGCUGAAUUCAGGUGUGUCUGCUUUGGGUGCCUCAGGGAGUGAUGAUCAACAGUCCCAAAAGGCCAGCUCAAGCUCUUUAGCAGCAAUCCUUAGUGCGAUUGUUGUGUCUGCAGUGGGAGCAAUCGCUGGAUACUUCACCUAUCAACAGAAGAAGCUGUGCUUCAAAAAUAGACAGGAAGCAGACCCUGAGGCUCCACACAAAGCUGAUGCAGCAGAGGCUCGGUCAGAUCCCCAGGUUCUUAGCAACCUUCUGAACUCCUCCUAGACCUGAAACAGACACCUGACCGCCCGGGCCUAUUACAGUCUAGCAAAGUGGCAAUCUCACUGUUCGGCUCUAUCCUCUGUAGAGCUAAAUUACUGUGAGGCCCCAGAGUAGGGCUGCGUGUUUCAGUCUGAAUUUCAAUGUCUGUAUGUUGCUCUACACGAGCCUGCGUGGAUGUGUCUCAGUGUGCGUGUGAAUAAUAUCCGUUCAUUCUUGUGUGUGCAUAAACGUGGAAAGAAGGAGCUAGAUAAAGAUCAUGUGAUCUUUAGGGGUUUCAUUAUUGUUAUAAAAGAUUUAUUAAAAUAAUUGGUCAAACAUUCUACUUUAAACCAAAUUAUUAUAAUUUUUUUCAGAGUGGCCAUUAAAGAGAUUUAAUCUCAAAUUACGUAUAACCAUAAAAUGGAUUAAUUAUAUACCUACCUUUUAAUUUUAUUUAUACGGCUACUAUUAAUUCAAUGUAAAUAUAAACCAGUAACUGAAAUUGAUGUUGUAGGUGUUUAACUUGUAAUUGUUUCUUUGGAAUUUUAUACAAUUUUUGCCAUUGUUGAGCUGCCCGUAUGAUUUUAAAUCAUUUAGAUAAGACAUUUCUUUUUCAAUUAUCUAUAGUACAGAUGCAGGUUAACUGGAUAACAGGGGGACACAGUAGCAAGCAUUUUGUGGAUUCUGGUUAGGAGCUGUAGUAAAGGAUUUAAAGACUAGUAUUCUCGGUAUGCUUUUAAGUGGUCAAAUGUGUUUAGAUGACCAACGAUGUCACUGAAUGUGUGUGCUUGUUUUCUGAUAGGUGAAGGGGCUUGAUUUAAAAUCCUGUUAAGUGACUGCCGUUUCUCCUCGGUCGGUUGAAUACAUUAAAAGAUGACACAAAUCAAAUACAGCCUAACAAUUCAAGUCAUAUUAAUUUAGGAAAUACCAAAAAGAAGCCAACGAAAAUAUAUUGUGUAAACUUACUAAAAGUACGAUGAAGUAAAGUCUAAUCCAGUGUUGUUUCUGUAAAUGGAUGAAUGGUCACCUGACAUGGACAAAUUCAAUGGAGGUCAUGUAGUAAUGUAUUAGACUUUGUUCUGAUGUAGUAUGUGUGUAGUUGUGAUGCAGUCAUUUUUUUUUCUCUAUAGUGCCUUUCACUGACACAGCCUGGCUUGAGCAAUCUACAGACACACAGAGAAGAUAUAGAGGGUGACAAAUUAAAGGAAAAGCCUAAACGAAUGGUUUAUGCUGCAGGGAGAUUUUAGCACAAUGGUUUUGUUGCUGUUUCAAAUUUCAAAGUUCUGAGCUAUUCUAAAUUUAAAACAUUUCACUUUGAUGGCUGAAGUCACUUACAAGAUGAAAAUACAGCCAUUUAGAUGGACCGUUUAAUCGCUUGUUAAGAAUGAAAACCAUGGGAUCCAUAAACUAUGGACUUAUCAGUCAGAGAUCUCCUACCAGGUCUCCAACAACGUCAUCAAAAUACAUAAUGAGGGAAUAUUUUUUCAGAAGAAUAUUGUUUUAUUCCUCCAACAGUUCCAGAGACUCACCAAACUGAAGUGCACUGGCUUAACACUUUACAACACCCUUAAUGCUGGGUCAACCUUUAAUUUUUUACCCAUCUGUUACUGAGAAGACAAGCAAACCAGUAGGAGGCUAUAACAAACAAAACGAGCAAAGAGUGUUCUGUAUUCAUUCUUAAUCUGUCAUUUAUGCAGUUACAUUUUUUUUAAAUUAAACUGCUCAUACAUGUAAAAUAAUAGCAACACAAACGUAACAGCUGCUGUAUGUGUGUCCACAGUCAGGCCGUUUGCAGUCUUAGUUAUUUUAGCUAAUCUUGCAAUCUAAACUCUUUCAACCACCUCCGCUGGUGGCAGAUGUAAAACUCUUCUCAUUGUGUGUCUCUUUAUUUGAGCAAGCCAGCUGCUGUAACAGUGUAUUUUUAUUGUUCAUGUAUCCACAUUACAAACGCCAUUCACUUGUGAUUUUUUUAUAGGAAUCCUUUACAUUUAGCAGCCUUGCCUCGGAGCCGACAGAUUGUCUUUAGUCAACUUGUUUGCUGUGCUAUUUUGUUAAUAUUAUUGUAAAAUGCAAAGGAUGCAGCGCUACUGCUUUUUUCCAAAUGUAGCACACACACAAAAAAUCUUAACUUCUGAAUGUCUUUUUUGUUGCCUUGAAGUUUUGUACUUGCCCUGCUCCCUUUAAACUUUGAUACAUGGCUAUAGAGGCUGCAUAGUGCUGCGGGUCAUGUAAUGUGUGUUACUUGUAAAGCACCAUAUAGCUGCAAUACAGGACAGAGACUGUUGCUAACAGCCUAGCCUCAAGCUGAGAAAUGUUAAUAAUCUGUGAUCAAUUCUACUCUACAAACUGUGGGCCGGACGCAGUGUCAGCGAUCUGCCUUCUUAACCUGUAAUCUGUAAGCUGUUUCUCUUGUAACACUGAACUACGUGGAUAGUGUAUCAGGGGUGACAAUGCACAAAAAAUACCCACUCAAUAAUAAUAAUACAAAUAGGACUAGCCACUGAUGCCUUCAAAAUACAAUUUUUUUUCUUUAAAUGCAGUACUGCCCUGCAGUGAACAAAAGCACUGAAAUGUCCUGCGAUGCUCUUUUAGAUAACUUCUUGUAAUGGAGACUCAUACAAUAAUCCAGAAAAAUUCAAUAUGUGUUGCUUGCACUGAGGACAUCAGGGUCAACAAUACAUUUUGUCCCAAACAAUCCGGGUCAAUAAUUCAGUCUUAUUUAUAUUAUAUCAAUUCACAACAGUCACCCUCAAGGUUCUUGAUCCCAGCAAUACAAAGUAUCAAAACAAAGCAUUCAAACCAGAAUGUAAACCUUGAGUGUUGUAAACUCACUGGGUCCUGAAGUGCACUUCCCACAUAACACUAGGGCAUCAAUCAUGGCACUGACCAGUCCUGCCUUAUUCCUUAUAUGCUCUUGAAUAUUCCUGAUAGGAAAACAAACAAUAAUGUCAUCAUAAAAAGCGACACAGCGACACAAGCAGAGAUUUUUUGUAAUCUCAAUGGGAGAAGCACGUUCCUAUCCUGUAUACAUCUUGAUUUACUACACACAUAUAGACAGUUCAUUUGUUCUUAUUCUGACUUCCUGUUUAUUUAAAUAUUCUGUGUGGUUUUUGUGUAGGAACUGUCCUUUUUAUUUUUGUCAUCUGGCACUUGUGUUUUUCUGGAGUUGUGUAAAUAAUGUUUGAGGAAUCAAUUAAACAGUUUUUGUGGGA